AUGCUAACUCAGCCAAAAAAUUAUAGUACACGGGCCAUGGUGGUGAUAUACGCUUCAAACGUGAAAAACGCGUUCUCCCUAAUCUCUCUCGGCGCCACAGACCUCUCCAUACAACCUUCUUCUUCCUCCAUCUCCGAUCAACACACUUACAGCGAUGCCGCCUUCUCCAUACUACCACCAACGAAACAUCUCCGAUCAACUUUCCGUCUCAGCUUCAGUGAUUCCGUCGAUCUCCACAGUCUCAUCUCUUCCGAUCCAUCACCGCCACACACAGCUCCGUCUCAAACUCACUUCUCCGAACCUUCAUCCAUGCGGCGACAUAAUCACCUUCCUUUCUCCGUUUCAAGUUUCGAUUUCAAAUUCCGUUUUGGUUUCGAUCUAAGACGCCUUCGCAAGAUUGAUCGGAGACAACACAAGUUGAACCGUGGACUCACAAAAUACGGUGCUCAAAUAUGA